AAGUGAAGAAUAUAUGAAACCGAGGACAACCUCUGACUUGCCAAAUCUUCUCAAUACAAAAGAGAUGCUUGAGUUGCACUUGAUGCUGAGGUAAUUGACAUUAAAUACGCCAUCCCAAGGAUUCAAACACCAAAACCCUCCAAAUUUCAUGCUAUUUAAAGUAUUCUUAUGCUUUUGAUGUCGUUUUCAAUGACACAAGCAAGAGUAGAUGCCACGCAGUUGAUAACUUAUUGGUUAAUCAGAUUCUAUAGUAGAGUAGUGGUGGUUGAAUCCACGCUAAAACUUGGGUGGAUGACAAUUAAUCACCAACUUAAGCUUUACUCGCUAAUCAAAUAACUUACUCGUUGUAAACUCAAUGGUGGACUAAAGAGGAGGAAAGCUGGGGCUACUUGUCUACCUUAAAACUCACCAAAUCGACAAGCAUAUUUGAAGCCUAAAGAUUUAAGAAAUUGACUCCACAUUCUGUCUUAUCCUCCACUUAAAAUUCGAGGAAUAUGAGGUGUAAAAUACAUCAAAGAAAGUACAUUGCUUUCUUUUUUCCUUCGCUAUGAUUUAUAGGGCAAAGCCAAUCAAUAUGCCGUGGAAUCACAGUCAACCAUAUAAUUAGAAUUUUCGACCCCAUGGUUUCUAGCCAUGAUCAUCUGGCCAGUAGAUUGAGCUUGUGCCAGAAGACCCGCCAUUUGUGUGGAGCCGGUAUGUUGUCAUCACAUGCCAAAAUGGACAAGACAUAAAAUCAUAAGUUAAAUGCAUAUAUUAAGUCGGACGGCUAACUUCGUGCAUUUGCAUACCAUAGACGGAAGCCCUUUGACAUUGGAAGACAGAGUCUAAAUUCAACGGGGAUCUUGCACUUUUGUGAGUGAGCCUCCAGAAAUGGAAGAUAACAUCGGUGCUGAUGAUGGAAGCAUCAAGGAGCAAGACAGGUUGCUCCCAAUAGCCAACGUGGGGCGGAUCAUGAAGCAAAUCCUCCCUCCCAAUGCAAAAGUCUCAAAGGAAGCGAAAGAAAUGAUGCAAGAAUGUGUCUCAGAGUUCAUUGGCUUCGUGACCAGUGAAGCCUCCGAGAAGUGCCGGAAGGAGAGAAGGAAGACUGUGAACGGCGAUGAUAUGUGCUGGGCUAUGGAGGCUCUGGGUUUCGACAAUUAUGCCGGUCCAUUAAGAAGGUAUUUGCAUAGAUAUAGGGACUUUGAAGGGGAUAAAGCUAAUCAAGACAAGGCGAUGAACAAUAGUAGCGUAUCAAAAGGUGUUGAGCAAUCUUUAUCUUAGAGAAUGACUUACCAAUAGGGAACAAUCAGGCUUCAACCUCCACCUCAACAAACUUUCAAAUCGAUGAAAGGAGUGAUAUAGAUCAAUCUCAAAAGCUGUUUUGAGGAUAAGAGGGAAGGUAUUAGGACAAGCGAUAUAUAUAGUUUCUAGCUUUAAUCAUGAUGACACUCAUGGAGGUAAUUUUGCAUAUCUGGGCUUUUACUUUCAGACGCUUCAGUGUAGUUUUGGUUUUUCCAGAUUUAUCUGCAUAGCCUUCAGCCAAGAGUUAAUUGGAGUGGUGUUCACCUAAUUCACCGGCAUAUUUCGAAAUCAAGUCACGAAUCCCAGAGUUUGAGGUCUGAAAGCACAGGGAGAUGAGAGGAUUUACUGGUUCAGCUUUCAUGUUUCACUUUGAUCUGAUAAACGUAUAAAAGUAUCAUAGAAAGUUGGAAAGUUUGUCCUUGAUAGAGAUAUUAUUCUAGGUUUUCUGUAAUCAAGUGAUUUAAAUUACUGUUAAAUUCCCAUUUCCUUAUUUUCCACCUGGUA